AGCGAUAGACAGAAACAAAGCAGUGUACAUAGCUGAAUUUCGAUGGCUGUAGCUGUCAGGGGAGGUCGGGGUGGCGGAUCCGGCGGUGUUGGAGCUGGUUUCCGCAGUUUAGUUUCUUACAGAGUCUUUGUCUCGGCCAUGUUUUUGCUUCUCUUCAUUGCAACCGCCACGGUUCUCUUCGCUACUCGUCCUUCUACAACUCAUCACCACUCUAGGCUUCAAAGUGGUGGAAACGCUUACAUGCAUAGAACAUUUGUGGCAUUGAACUCGGACCCUCUCAAAACAAGGUUAGAUUUGAUAUACAGGCAAGCCAAUGAUCACAUCACAUUGGUGAAAGCAUAUGCAGCUUAUGCAAGGAAGCUAAAGCUUGACAUUUCAAGGCAAUUGAGAAUGUUUGAUGAUUUGGCUAAGAAUUUCUCAGAUAUUACGUCAAAACCAAUGUAUAAAUCCUCUUUGUUUGAAACCAAUGAUAACUUAGAUGAGGAUGUGUUAAGACAGCUUGAGAAAGAAGUUAAGGAUAGAGUGAAAUUGGCUAGGUUGUUGAUGGUUGAAUCUAAAGAGAAUUAUGAUAAUCAGUUGAAAAUUCAGAAGUUGAAAGAUACUAUUUUUGCCGUUAGUGAGUUAUUAGGUAAGGCAAAAAAGAAUGGAGCUUUUGCGAGCUCAAUUGCUGCUAAAUCAGUUCCUAAGAGUUUGCAUUGCUUGGCAAUGAGGCUUGUUGAGGAGAGAAUUUCACAUCCAGAAAAGUACAAGGAUUUUUUGCCUAAACCCGAGUUUGAGGACCCUGAUUUGUAUCAUUAUGCUAUAUUUUCUGAUAAUGUGAUUGCGGUUUCUGUGGUGGUGAGGUCUGUGGUGAAGAAUGCGGAGGAGCCUUGGAAGCAUGUUUUCCAUGUGGUAACUGAUAGAAUGAAUUUGGCUGCGAUGAAAGUUUGGUUCAGAAUGAGACCUGUGGAAGGGGGUGCUCAUGUGGAAGUGAAAGCAUUAGAAGAUUUUAAAUUUAUGAACUCUGCCUAUGUGCCGGUGCUGAGGCAGAUUGAGUCUGCUAAGAAGAGAUUUUACCUGGAGCAGAAGAUGGGGAAUGCAACCAAAGAUGGGACUAACAUGAGGUUUAGGGAUCUUGAGCAUAUGUCAAUGUUGAAUCACCUUAGGUUUUAUUUGCCUGAAAUGUACCCUAAAUUGCAUAAGAUUUUGUUCUUGGACGCUGAUGUUGUGGUUCAGAAGGACUUGACAGGGUUGUGGAAGAUAGAUUUGUCUGGAAAGGUGAAUGGGGCUGUUGAGACCUGCUUUGGGUCGUUUCACCGUUUCUCGCAGUAUUUGAACUUUUCAAAUCCUCUCAUUAGGGAUAGGUUUAAUCCUAAGGCUUGUUCUUGGGCUUAUGGGAUGAAUAUUUUUGAUCUCGAUGCUUGGAGGCAUGAGCAAUGCACGGAAAUGUAUCACAGCUGGCAGAACUUGAACGUUGAUCACACUCUGUGGAAAUCGGGCACUCUUCCGCCCGGCUUGAUGACCUUCUACUCAUUGACAAAAUCACUGGACAAAUCCUGGCAUGUGCUCGGGCUUGGAUUCAAUCCAAGCAUUAGUAUGGAUGUGAUCAACAAUGCUGCAGUCAUUCAUUAUAAUGGAAACAUGAAACCUUGGCUAGAUAUUGCAAUGAAUCAAUACAAGAACCUCUGGACUAAAUAUGUGGAUAAUGAUAUGGAGUUUGUGCAGACGUGCAAUUUCGGAGUCUAGGUAAGCAACUGUGUUGCAUCUCUUCAAUAAUCAAGUAAUAUGAAUACAAGUUUUAGCGAUUGUUCAUAUUGGCUUGAUAUAUUCCGCCGCAAUUUACACCAUUCUUUAGUUUAACUGCCAGAGCUAAGCUUGAUGGUUUUAUCCUUGGUUAUUUUCUUUCCCCCUUCUAGUAGAAUUGAUGUUUUGUUCUUGAAGAUGUCGAGUACGAAUUGUACUGAACCAGAUUAUAUAUGCACACACUUAAAUGAUUCUUUUGAUAGUGAAAUCUUUUCCAUCAAU